ACUGCCAACGUGGACAACAUUCAACAGCGCAUGACUGAGUUGACUCAACUUUAUGAUGCGCCGGACAACUCAUCAGAAAUAUGCGAAACAGAAGAAGACUAUUUAAACCAGAUCGACUGGGAACAAUCAGACGAGAUAAUUCCGGUACCUCUGACGGAGGAAGAACAAGAAAACGAAGAGACAACGAUACGACACGAGGAACGCUCCGUAGAAGGUUCACAAUGA